AUGCCGCAAUAUCAAAGAAUGGGCCGCUCGGGGGGCUCAGCAUCCACCGGCAGCUUCUCCGUGAAGCUGCUGGUAUCCUACGCACUCGACUGGAUCGUCCUCCUCGUCAUCACCGUCAUUGCCGGAUUUCUGGGCCGUAUCGAGCCAAACAAGCGUCCGUUCUCGCUUGAUGAUCCCAACAUCUCGCUCCCAUUCACCGAACGCGAGACUGUCCCUUCGUGGCUGCUCGUCGUGCUCUGCGCACUGCUUCCCGCCGUCGCCAUCCUCAUCGUCUCACUCGUCUUGGUGCCCGGGAGCACCGUUCCUAAAGACACAUCCCACGCCUACAUCUGGAAGCGAAAGCUAUGGGAGCUCCACGUUGGCUGGCUUGGCCUUCUCAUGGCUGUGGGGUCGGCCUUCUUCUUCGUCAGCGGAAUAAAGAAUAUGUGCGGAAAACCACGGCCAGACCUGCUUUCCCGAUGCCAGCCCGACUUGGCCAAUGCCGCCAAAUACGUCGUCGGCGGUUUCCCCGACGCUUCCGAUGCUUCCAAGCUGUAUUCGGGCAACAUCUGCCAGCAGACUGACGCUCAUAAGCUUAAUGACGGGUUCCGCAGCUACCCCAGCGGCCACUCGGCUGCCUCGGCCGCCGGUCUGAUUUACCUGUCGCUUUUCCUCGCAAGCAAGUUUUCUGUUACCUUGCCCUUUGUCGUCUCGACCGCCGCACCGCUCGACGACUCUUUGCACACUGCCUUUCCGUCGCGCAUCGUUUUCGCCGACGCCGCCGCCACCGCCGCCGCGGACUCUUAUGAGACCGCCCGUCUUCGCCAUGGCAAUGAUGAAGCAUCAUUGCCCACCAAGUCUGGAAUCGCCAGGCGAAACGCAAAGUAUAACUCUCGCCUUCAGUCUCUGAGACGGCAGGCCGCUGCCCCGCCGGUCUAUCUUCUUGCCAUCACGCUCGUCCCGUUUUGUCUCGCCAUUUUCAUCGCCGCCUCUCGAUGGUUCGACUUCCGCCACCACGGAUUCGAUAUCCUCUUUGGCUUCUUGAUUGGCACCAUCACCGCCAUCUACAGUUUCCGCUACUACCACUUGCCCAUCACGGCCGGCGCGGGCUGGGCAUGGGGACCUCGCAGCGACGACCGUGCUUUCUGGGCUGGCAUCGGCCGACUGGGCUAUGCUGGUGAUAACUCUGACGAAUACUCUCGGCGCAUGCACCCUGCCGACCUCGGCGAAUCCGGCGAUGUGGACUUUCCCACGGCAGCACAGAGCGGUUCUUCCCAGGCGGCGGCUGGUGCCAUGCAUCGGGGAGAAAGGACCAACGGGUCAAGUUUCCAGUUCCAAGAUGUCGAGCUGGAAAGGAUGGACAGAUUGCACCCAGCUGGCGCGGCUCCAAGCGCGUAUGGACAGGCACAAUAA